AUGAUCUAUGAUCUGUUCCAUUUUGGACACGCUCACGCCCUAGAGCAAGCCAAGAAAUUGAGGCCCUCGUCGCGAUCAACGCCCACUUCGGCUUCCCUCCGCGUGUUCGCCGACGACAAGCUCAACGGCACCCUCCCCUCCGCAAUCGCUGACCUCCCCUUCCUCCAAACCCUCCUCUUCCACAAGCUCCCCAACCUCGUCGGCGGCAUCCCCCCCUCCUUCACAAAGCUCAGGAAGCUCUCCAUCCUCCUUCUCAGCUCGAACUCUCUCUCCGGCCCGGUCCCGUCCUUCCUCUCCCAAAUCCAAUCUCUCACCGACCUCGACCUCUCCUUCAACAAGUUCUCCGGCUCGAUCCCCCCCUCGCUGUCCAACCUCCCCAACCUCCUGGCCCUCCACCUCGACCGCAACAUGCUCACCGGGACCAUCCCAGACGAAUUCGGAAAGUUCCCGACAGACUCGCCGCCGGACCUGUACUUGUCCCACAACAGCCUCUCCGGUCCGAUCCCAGCCUCGCUAGGCGAUCCGAAGUGGGGGGUAAUCGACCUGUCGAGGAAUGAGCUCACCGGCGACGCGUCGGUGCUGUUCGGAGCGGCGAAGCCGACCACGCAGAUCGACAUAUCAAGGAACCGUUUCGGGUUCGACUUGACCGGAGUGACUUUCCCGGUGAACUCGACGGCAUUGGAUAUGAACCAUAACAUGAUAUACGGUGAGAUUCCGGCACAGAUUAAUGCGGUGGGUGGGCUCGUGCUGUUCAACGUGAGCUACAACAGGCUGUGUGGGGAAAUACCCAGUGGGAGCGUGACGGCGAAGUUCGAUGAGUACUCUUACCUGCAUAACAAGUGCUUGUGUGGUGCUCCCUUGCCCGCGUGCAAGUCAGACUGAGGGGUGUUUAAUGUUAAACCGCCGCAUUUUAAGUCAUAAUUAUUAUUAGUGGCUUUGUACGUACGAAGAAUAAGUGGCUACCUACAAUAUUUGUAUGCUUGAUUAGCCAUAAUCAUUUGCUAAAUAAUAAACUGUUUUUGCUGUAAAACA